UAGCGGGAAGUCUACCAAGUAACGGCACAGCCAACAAGAUGAACGGCGCUUUGGAUCACUCAGACCAACCAGACCCAGAUGCCAUUAAGAUGUUUGUCGGACAGAUCCCCCGGUCCUGGUCGGAAAAGGAGCUGAAAGAACUUUUUGAGCCUUACGGAGCCGUCUACCAGAUCAACGUCCUCCGGGACCGGAGUCAGAACCCUCCCCAGAGUAAAGGCUGUUGUUUCGUAACAUUUUAUACAAGAAAAGCCGCACUUGAGGCCCAGAAUGCACUGCACAAUAUUAAAACUUUACCUGGGAUGCAUCAUCCCAUUCAGAUGAAACCUGCCGAUAGUGAAAAGUCAAACGCCGUGGAAGACCGAAAAUUAUUCAUAGGAAUGGUUUCGAAGAAAUGUAAUGAGAAUGAUAUCAGGGUGAUGUUUUCUCCGUUUGGCCAGAUAGAAGAAUGCCGGAUUCUCCGGGGGCCUGACGGGCUGAGUCGAGGCUGUGCGUUUGUCACAUUUUCUACAAGGGCAAUGGCACAGAAUGCAAUCAAAGCCAUGCAUCAGUCUCAGACCAUGGAGGGCUGCUCCUCGCCCAUCGUCGUCAAGUUCGCGGACACGCAGAAGGACAAAGAGCAAAGGCGCCUCCAGCAGCAGCUGGCGCAGCAGAUGCAACAGCUCAACACUGCCACCUGGGGGAACCUGACGGGCCUGGGCGGACUCACCCCGCAGUACCUGGCGCUUCUGCAGCAGGCCACCUCCUCCAGCAACCUGGGUGCGUUCAGUGGCAUUCAGCAGAUGGCCGGCAUGAAUGCUCUGCAGCUACAGAACCUGGCGACGCUGGCGGCGGCCGCGGCCGCGGCCCAGACCUCAGCCACCACCACCAAUGCAAACCCUCUGUCCACCACGAGCAGCGCCCUGGGAGCCCUCACAAGUCCGGUGGCUGCUUCAACCCCCAACUCCAGCGCCGGUGCAGCCAUGAACUCUCUGACCUCUCUUGGGACUCUGCAAGGGCUGGCGGGAGCCACUGUCGGGCUGAAUAACAUUAAUGCACUAGCAGUUGCUCAAAUGCUCUCAGGUAUGGCGGCUCUGAACGGAGGACUUGGCGCCACGGGCUUGACGAAUGGCACGGCGGGCACCAUGGACGCCCUCACGCAGGCCUACUCAGGGAUCCAGCAGUACGCGGCCGCGGCGCUGCCCACGCUGUACAGCCAGAGCCUGCUGCAGCAGCAGAGCGCCGCGGGCAGCCAGAAGGAAGGUCCGGAGGGUGCAAACCUCUUUAUUUACCACCUUCCCCAGGAGUUUGGAGACCAGGACAUUCUGCAGAUGUUCAUGCCUUUUGGAAAUGUUAUCUCUGCUAAAGUCUUCAUUGACAAACAGACCAAUCUGAGCAAGUGCUUUGGUUUUGUUAGCUACGACAAUCCGGUGUCUGCACAAGCUGCUAUCCAGGCUAUGAACGGCUUUCAGAUUGGCAUGAAACGCUUGAAGGUCCAGCUGAAGCGCUCCAAAAACGACAGCAAACCUUACUGAUCCUAACCCCAGAGGCUCCCUGCUCUUAUUUUAGCUUUCUUAGGACAUCUUCAUGCCCGUUAGUUCACCGUUUGCCUAGCAUGUCCCUGUGGCGUCUCAAAAAAAAGUUUCAUCGUCCCGUCAUUGUUUCUGAUGUCUUUCUGACCUCACAUCACAUUUGGUUCUCCUACUGACCUUUGAUCUAGUUUGACCUUUGAAAUUUGCAUGUGACCUCAUCUAGCUAUUGAAUUCUGGGAAGUCAAUGUGAAAAACAUUGCUGCAUUCAUGCAAGACUGAAAUUUAUUAUUAGACAAAUUAUAGAAAAAAAACCUGUGGCAAAAACGUUUCUUUCUUACUUUUUUUUCUUUUCAUAAAACAGACUUGAAAGUAUUAUACAGGGAUUGGCAUUCUUCCCGGUCACUGGUAACAAUAGCAAUAUGUGUCCAGGGACACAGAAUGUUGGUUUCUAACAGACUACUUCCAAAAACAGUUCGAGAAAAAAACUGUCUGAUUUUAAGUCUCUAGAGGUCUGUAAUAGUUUUUACAUUUUUCAGGCAGUGUAAAGUUUUUUGAUAAGGCCAUUUUAGGUGGCUCACUUUCUCAUUAAGAUAUAUAUAUAGAACCACUUUUUGUAGAUUAGUAUAAGAAAAAAUAUUUACCCUGUUUUGGGGCAAAUGCUACCUAUUUGUGUCACCUUUUGCUGAACUGACUCACAGUUAGACAAUCCAUGGUUUAAUGCACAUGAAAUUACCUAUAUUUUAUACUGUUUCAAUGUACAGGAGAAAGGUUACUGUAAACUGUGUUACGUUGGUGCUUCUGUGAAUUAAGUUGUGGCUUCAUCAUGAGUCUUACGGUCUUAAUGUUCUCUGUUGAUGAGACAAGUUUAGAAUUGGUUUACUUAAAGAAUUUCAAAAAAAAAAAGUUUGCUUAAAAAAAAUUUCAUGUGAGGGGAAAAAAAAAAACCUAUUCCAGAAUAAGUUUUGUGUUGGCUUGUAAAGCAUUGAUGUCAUUUUUUUUUAUUGUGGACUAUUUAGAUGUGUUUGUGUUCAGCAAAAUGUGAUUUUUUUUCUUUUAAAGAAAAAAAGUGAAAAUAUAUAGUGCCAAAUUCCAAAGGUACUUCCUCCUAGAGCUUCAGUGUGUUUCUUGUGAGAAGUAAUUUGAUAACAUGGGUAUUUUAUUAUGUGUUUUGUAUAAAUCCCUAAUAUUUAAAAAACAAAAAACAAAAAAAAAGAGGUUAAAAAGUUUGUUAACUUGCUAUCCUGUGGUCUUGUUGCCUGAAAUUGUUAUUGUUUGUUAUUUCUCGAUGAUGUUUUUUGUAAGACAUUGUAUAAGUGCCCGUGUCUCACUUUUUUAACCGCUCUGCACAUCAGUGCUGUGAUGGCAACCUCACGAUGUAUUUUCUUCAUGAUACAUGGAAACCUCUAAGGUGAGAAAGUUUUGAACUUUUAACCCUUUUUACCCAGAGCUAUCUGGAAUGUGGGUAACUUUUUAUACUGUCAUCAUUUUGUUUCAGGGGGGUUUCUAAUUCGGAUCCCCCCAACACACUUUUUUUGGUCUUUCCUUUUUUUAAUCCAUUAGUUGAGAUCCAACAGAAAAAAAGAAUAUACUUUAACCAUCUCUGAGUUUCUCAUCCUACACCAUUUUUUUUUUUGGUUGUUUUAUUUCUGAUCAUUUUUUUUUUAAUAUGCUCCUGAAAUUCCUUCUCCUGUUUUAAUUUAAAAGUUUAUUGGCUCAAUCUUCUAAAGGGGGAUGGUAGGUAGAUUCAACACCUACAUUAACCUUAAAUUAUAUAUAUGCUUUUGAGAUCAGGGUUAGGGGUAUGUUCUAGUGCAGAAUACUUUCAUUAUACCUUCCAGUUAAAGGACUUUGUGAUGAGGUAGUACUUGGAGGAAUUUUUGUUUCUUAAAUGCUUAAAGAAUUCAGGAUGUUUCUAGUCAGCUGACGGGCUAAGCAUUCUCUGAUCCCAGGAGAUCCCUCUGAUUCAGCGAGGCGUCUGGGGUUAGAUGCUGACAGUCCUUUCCCUGGGGCUAACUUGACUAACUGAAAUCACGCUAAGGGGACGGACCACGUAAGUAAAGCCCUGCUCUUCAUCACGGUUACUGACCAAAUACCUAGCACCAGAUUCUCCUGCCACUUUGUCAAGUGCCAUAGUACUUGGACUUCAUGUUGAACAGCUCUCUCGCUGUCUUGACAAACCCCUAUGUCAUCCCUCAAGCCCCAACACAAACUCCUGCCUUCUUGAAAGAGGCCCUGGAAGCUUCUUUGUCUCUAAAGGAGUGCAGACACUGCUGGCUCCCUUUCCGUCCUCCUCUUUCCCACCCACCGCUGUUUGGGUCAAUGUGUGUGUGGACGUGAUAACCCUGGGAUGGAAAGGACUAGCCUCUCAUGAUGCAAAAAAACAAAACAAAAAAAAACCCCACCAACUCAAAACAAGUUUCCUCCUUCUAGCACACGCACUCGCAACGAAAGAUGUGUGUGAUCCUCACGUGUUUACUACUGCUGGGGCCUUCCUUCAUCCUUUGAGGGCUAUUUUGUACUUCCUGCAGCAGUCAGCCUAGUACCAGACGCUGCUGCACAUGUCCCUCACACACCGCGCAGGACCCGAGAGCACACGUCCGACUUUCAGACGGUCCUCUGCCCCCUCCGGCCUGCGCCCCCCCCCCCCCCGCCCCCAGAGAGAGCAGCCGGGAGCCGGCACCCUGCGCUCAGGACGGGUGGGCGCUGGGCGACCAAACGCUGGAGGGGGGCUUCGGGGCUUUCUCUGGCUUCGCUUUUUGGGGGGGGGGGGGGGGUUUGCAUGUUUGCAUUGCUUUUAAAGCUAACCCUCAGAGACAAACUCUCCUUUUACUCACUUUAUCUUUUAAUAUAAAAAGGAAAAAAAAAGCUGCAAGGGUGCAAAGGGCCUGUGCAAGAAGGAAAACACACACACAGGGAAACUGCUUUUUUUUUUUUUAACCUAGUGUAGAGAAUAGUUGUUUUUAAACUAAAUUUGACAAUUGUGAGAAAAUGGCGGUCCUCAAAGGCGUGACAAGUUCAUCUUUCUUUCACCGUAGGGGUUACAGUUCUUUGGCUUGUGCUACUCUGGACUCAUUUUACUGUUUGUUUUUAUUAUCUUAAGUGCUAAUUAACAAGAAAUAAAAUUUUAAAAAAACCUGUAGUUUCAUUACCUUUUUGAAUAAUGUCAUACAAAAAAUGUAUUUGUGUUUUUUUGUGCUGUGAGAAUUGUUGUUUGUAGAUUAAUAAUAUUUUGUUUAGAAUUACGAAAUAGUUUUUAAAUAUUGUCUGAGAAAAGCCAAAGUUAAUGCAACCUAGUGGAAACUGUAAGACCAUUUGAGUAUUGUUUGUUUUAUUGAUGCAUUUGGAUUUUGUUGUUUGAUGGAAUUUGAGCCAAAAAACAAAAACAAACAAAAAAAAAAACACGCAGGCUUUCCUAUUUCUACAACUGAUUGUACUUAACGCAUUUUGUACCAGUGGAACUUUUUAUACUGGAGAUUAAAAAAACAAAUGGAAAUUUUUGUGGCUUACUCUAGUGGGCCCCUGACAAUGACUGAUUUCAAGUUUGAUUUCUGGUUGAUAGAAAGAAAGUUGCUUUUCUUUUGAGAAUUAAAAACUUUGGCUUGAUUUCUUUUUUUCCCUUUGCUUAUAUCUAGCAUUAGAAUUUUGUCUUAAAAUACAGCGGUAAGUUUCACUUUUUAUUCUGUAUUGUGCAGUUACACAAUAAGGUAAUUAGAUUUAGAAGUACUCAGUCACUUUAAGUGGAUAAAUGUAUUAGUUACAACUUUAGGGGUUUGCUUUUUUGCUGUUUAGAUCAAAGUUUUUUCUGAUUCUUCUGUCCUCAUUGUGAACAUAACCGUGUAGUUGAAACAGUCAAACUUAUUUUUGUAACGUAUGUUAUUGUGUGAUGCAGUUUUUUGCUUCUGUCUCCAAUAUUAAACCAUUUUCCUAAUACUUGUUUCUCUCUCUGCGUGUUGUAUUGUUGGUAGUCAUUCUGUGUUGGUGAUGCAUCUACACACCUCACUGUGUCACGUAUCUGUUUUUUCCUCUAUGUUGUGUACAAAGAUACAGUCGAUUCCACCUAAGUGAAUAUCUGAUUUGGGGACGGGGAACCCGCACACCAGCCACCUCCGAUUUCUGUACAACACGCAGCCCGUUUUAACCACGGCUUCCCAGACUGCUGCCGUUCACCUAAAUAACUGCCUCCGGCGUGGGACCUGCCAGGACCGUCCCGGUCCUGUGAGCACGGUGCUCACGCCGCCCUGUGGCCUCUCGCCCUGCCCCCCUCCCGCCUGCUCACUGCGGCUCUGCUGUGGCACCUUAAGAAAUGUCCGGGCAGCAGAGCCGGCGCUCCCCCCACCUCCCCACAGGGCUAACGGGCACACGUUACAAAACCUUCUCAGAAACUAAUCCCGUAUCUUAAAGAGGUGAGCUCUAAGGGAAAAACUAAGUGACCGACCUGGUGAAUAGAAGAUGUGAAAAGGGUUCGACUUAAGGGCAUGCGUUGCUAUGAAUCACUGCCUAUAGAAAGGUAAUUCAUUUUUAAGAGCUAACUGAAUCCAGGGGCAGCUUUAAUUAUUAAGACUAACAAACUAAAGGAAGUAUUUCCACGUGCUCAGUCUAGAAGCUCUCCUCGGAGGCAGGAGGGCAAGGAGGCCAAGGCUCCCAUGCUCACGUCUUCACAGUCCAUCCUCCAUCUCCAAGUGAAAGCCAGGAGUGCCACAUGCAUCCACACUCCCUCCCGAAUGAAGCCUCGUCCCCCACUACCGCCCCCACCCCAGCUACCAAAAGAGAACUAAAGAACCAAUCUCUUCCUCGUUUGCCCUCUGCCACGGAGGCUGCAGGCCCCCGCCCUUUCCUGCCCAUCUCUUAAGCUCAGGAAUCUGCCUGCUCUCCAAGUGCUCUUAAAAGAUUCCACUGCUGUUCACUCCCUGUCUUAGCUCUCCUUCCAACCUCUCAGACGCGCAAGCCCGUGUCUGACUCAGGCCACCCGGCCCCGGGCAGCCUUCCUCUGCCGGCCGAUGAGAUUUUGCCUGCAGGUGCUCAAGCCCUUGGCCCUCUGGUUUCGGCGGCCCCUGUGCCCCCUAGAUUGUCUUCUCUAGUCGGCUCAAGGACAGAGGGGCCCGGUGAGGCGGAGAGGAGGCUCUUGCCCCCCCGUAGGCCGAACACCCCGGUGAAGUGACCUCCUCCAGCUCCAAACCCGCGCGGACCGGAGCUGACUUCCAGCCGGUAGUUCCGCUCUCCAAUCUCACACCGCAGGAGACUGAGUCUGAGAGCCAGCCCACCACCCACCUUAGUGGGGAGGCCGGCUAAGGGUGUGUUUCGUUUUCUUCUGUUGAUGGGGGAGGGAGGGAGACUGGGGUCAGGAGGGUGAUUAUUUCCAAAAUGCAAGCAUUUAUUUUUAAAAUCUGUAAGUAACACAAGUAUAUCCACUCACCAUUUGGCACACGACAAAAUGCUUGUGCUAAGUAAAAGAAGGGGAAGACAAAGCCAGUUUUUGUUGUUGUUGUUGCCGUUUUAGAAAAACAACAAAAACAGUAACUCUCCAAAGAAGGGGACCAAAUGCUCCUUCCCUAAGUACUCAUGAUUGUAACGUUGGUCCCUGCUUGAAUUCGUCCUUCUCAUUUUGAUUCUGUGAAACACUGCAGUGUUAGUUAGCGAGGUGCAUCUGUUUGCCACAUGCAGGCCACCUUGGGAAAUGACAGGACUGUCACCGCUCACCACGCUGACGGCAGCUGCCUGUGUCUGCCCGGCCCACAGCGCUUCCGAACCCCGGGCUGGGACUCCCAGCUGGCAGGCCAGGAGGCACAGUGAACAUAAAUGUGAUGUGAAUCGUUCCUGAUAAGUGAAUAAAACAUUGUGACCGAGCAAUCAGCUUAUUCACUUAUCAGGAAUCGACUGUUCUGCUGAUUCGCUGUUUUCGUUUUUCAUCUCUGUUGUAGUUCACUAUUUUUUGCUGUGUUCUGUUUUCUCCUCUCAUGCUUGGGCAAAAUCACUGAGAAUAUUAUCUUCAUGUGACCAUAAAACGUUUAUAUCGAGUGAAAUGAUAUCUAAACAAAAUCUAUGCACUUGCUAUCAGGAACACAAUACUGGAUGUGUCUUAUAUAUAUUGAACUAUAUAGUACUCGAUUUCUUAAAUAAAGCUUAAGAAAGGA